AUGGAUCACUUUUUGGUCACAGUUUCAAUUCUUCUACUUUUUGUGACCCUUUCAUCCUCUGAUCAAGGUAUGUGGGAUCAAUAAAGAGGGUUGUAAUGAGGUGAUGGAUUUCACGGCUGACGAUUAAAAAUUUGGCCAUUUUACGGCUAACGGUUGAUUUUUUCCGUUAUGGUUAAAUUAAAAAGUUUUACGCGAAACUUUCUUUACGACUUAUGGUUAAAAAUUAGUCCAUUUUUACGGUUAAUGUUUGUCAGAUCAGAAAAGCUGUCAAAUUUACACAACUUCAUUAAUAACCUUUCAACACAUUUCUCUGUAGUGAUUUUAGAGGAACAGCCAACACCAAGUAAGAGCUGGAUCUGGGAUGCAUCAAGGCCAGCUGGUGUAUCCGGUGGGCCGGCCGGGGUAUGAUUCUAUCUUUUAACUGUUGUUUAGUCAUCUGAGUUUAGUUCAUAUUCUUCAAUACUCUUUUAAUAUUUUUAUAUGUAUUAUUCCACAGUGGACGUGAAUUUUACAUGGUUCUUAAGCAUACUUUUCUUUUAAAUAAAUACUGAAAUGAAGCUUGAGAAGAUCCUAAGAAAAUAACGCGAUCUAUCACAACAUUUUCUUUUCUUUCGUAUUUUUUCCCUUUCCAAUCAAAAACUGUCUUUUUAAGCUGAAAAUUUUCAAUAAGGAAUGCUACCUGCAGAAUUUCCCUGUGAAAGGUUGUCCCCUUUCACACGGUUUUAACCUCUCGUUUAGUCAUAGGUCUACUUUAAGCACUGAAGCUGGAAGUUAAAACAUGGAUGUUCUCAAUUAAAACCCCCAAAACACAGUGCUAUAAUGAAUGAAAUCCAGUGUUCCUCGGUUACAAUCGAAAACAGCUCUUUUUUUAAUGGAUAGAACCUAAUAACCUCCUAAUAUAUUAUUCCAACUUAUUAAUAGUGGGCGAAGCUGACACAUUACCAAACCUGUGACAUUUCUCUGAAUGGACACCCACAACCAAACAACUGGCUGCGAAGUAAACCUAUAGGGAUCCACAGAGGAGUGAAAGCAGUCGACAUUACUAUUGAGUACCGAACUAAGAACUGUUCGUCCUAUCCUGACAAUGGAGGGAAAUAUUGCAAAGAGUAUUUCGACUUAUAUGUACAUCAGUCUGAGCAACCAAAGGAACCCGACCCUCUGACAAACAAUGCUACUUAUGACAAGAUUGCUAAAACAGUUCCGUCAGCUCUUGGCAGCAGAGUAUCUCAAACGUUUGGUGUAAAUGUUAAAGGAAAAUACAUCGUAUUGGCUUUUCAUGACCAGGGUUCAUGUACUGUCCUUUACUCCGUCACCGUUAAAUAUUAUUUCUGCCCAGAGACAGUUCAUGUUCGUGGUUUGGUGAACUUACUACGUACAAUGGCUCCAGCCAACAAUUCAGAGCCAGUUGUAAGUAAUUGUAUCAAAAAUGCCGUCAAUGAGCAAGGUAUUUUAAGGGUGAACUGCCAAAGUGAUGGGGUCUGGAACAUCAGUUCACUUCAAGGAAAUUGUAUAUGCAAGAUAGACAUGGAAAAUGCAGGAGGAGAAUGCAAAGGUAUAGGUGAUAUGAUAAAUUAAGAUAACCUGCAAUUGUUGUUUUGAUUUUUUAAAAUUGUCUCUACUUACGGUACAUUGCCUUUGAUAAGCGGACCAGUAAACACGUUCUCUAAGUGGCUACGUCGUGGUGUAUACAUAUUGAAAACGUUUAGCAUAAAAUGUACGAUUUCCUCAUUUGUAUUCCGUUCUAGCCUUUACCGUACUUAAACAUCUUCCUUUUAUUAUGGCGUGUUGUAUCAAUGUCGGUAUCAAAGCAAUUGCGAACCUAUCCAUCGUUCCCCUAACCUGACGAAAGUGGCCUGAUAGGAAGUUAAGGUUAAAGUUGGGUUAGGGGAAGGGUAGGUGUGUAGUCGAUCAGACACACAGUGAUUCGCGUUUUUUUAGGUUAAGUUAACAAUGUGACACAAGCAUCAAAUGUUAUAACUCCAAAUGAUGCCGGAAAAAUUUUCGUUUACUGCGUCAUACUUAUGGUCACGCUUGUGUCCCUAAUUAAGUCCUCAUACUUAUAGUCCUGUUUAUGCACAUGCAUAAAGCGCAAUGUGAGGCAGCCAAUAAUUUUUUGUGGUCUCCUCCCUUGCUGGGGGUAAUUUUGCAUGUCGGUCAAAAACGACUUACCCAAUAAACUUAACUUAGAAUUAGGAUUGAACGGAGUUCGAAUGAAAGAGUAUUUCGACUUAUAUGUACAUCAGUCUGAGCAACCAACGGAACCCGACCCUCUGACAAACAAUGCUACCUAUGAGAAGAUUGCUAAAACAGCUCCGUCAGCUUUUAGCAUCAGAGUGCCUCAAACGUUUAGUGUAGAUGUUAAAAGAAAGUACAUCAUAUUGGCUUUUCAUGACCAGGGUUCAUGUACUGUCCUUUACUCCGUCGCUGUUAAAUAUUACGUCUGCCCAGAGACAGUUCAUGUUGGCGGUUUGGUGAACUUACCACGUACAAUGGCUCCAGCAAACAGCUCAGAGCCAGUUGUAAGUGGUUGUACUAAAAAUGCCGUCCACGAGCAAGGUAUUUUAAGGGUGAACUGCCAAAGUGAUGGGGUCUGGAACAUGAGUUCACUAAACGGAAGAUGUAUAUGCAUGGAGGAUAUGGAGAAUACGAGGGGGGAAUGCAAAGGUACACAAUAACAUAGAAGUGCAGUGCUGAAUAAUUCUUCAGGACUAAAACCUUCUCAGGCUGGCAACAUGAUUAGACAAAAAGAUGAUUAGUUGUUAGCUCGGUAAUGAAAUAGAGUGUCAAGAAUAAAAUCACCGAAAGUCAAUUGAAAUGACGUUCCAAUGACUCGUUUAUCAUUUUUCAAAGUCUGAGAUUCCGAUGAGUUUUUUUAUUACUAAAGAAGCGUGUAAAAGUCUCGUUGCAUGUGAUUAAAAACUCUACAAUGUAGAAUGUAGAGAUUGUUAAUUGAGUACUAAAUAGUUUUGCCAUAAUUGAGUCAGAUUUAGUUUUUAGUUUAGGUUUUUUCCCUGGAUGAAGAGAGAGCAUUUCGUAAAGUAAGCAUUCAAAUUUCCCACGACAUUACUUGAGGAUGGUAAAUUGUUCGUGUAGAUCUUUGUUCCUCUGAUUGUGGGCGUUACGCAGCUGUUUUCCAGUAGCUAAGAGCUUGUGUUUAACAAUAUGUUGGAAAGAGUGUCAGGUGAAAAAGAGGAUAAGCGUUUUUGCGUCUCGUUACAAACGUAGGAGAAAGAGAAAAUUUGGAUUCCCCACGAGGAAUCAAAUCCCAGACUUUCGAAUUUUGCAUUCCGACACUCUGUCAGAGAGACUCUCUAAAGCGAACGAGCUCAGUACUAGUUUCAUAGAUAGUGCGAAACGCUUCCUGCACACUGUUAGGGUCAGCAAAAGUCGAAAGCGUCAAGUAAAGAAAUAAAAUAAAAAAAUAUGAGAAACACGAGCCCAGUAAUGUAAUAGACAAAGUCUAGUAAGGAGACGAAAAAAGCACAUUUCUCUACGAUCAGACAAUUAAAACAAUUGGAAUAUGUAUCCUCAAGACCUCUCGCCUAUAUGUUUCAGUUUCAUCACUCAAAAUCAUUGCAAACCAUCGCCAACCCCCAAAACUUCUUCGUUCCUUUUUGGUCUUCGUCUUCUGAUUGAGGUGCUUUAUCUUGAGACCAGCUCUCACUGCGACAUAAGCAUAAGUAUUAGCGUGAGAAAACUCGAUUUAUUCCUAGUAUAAAUAAUAGAAUGGCGGAAGCUUUUACUCUAAGGAAAUAAUCUAAUCAACUGAUAACUCCAUAGUCAAUUACGAGCAUAAGUUUCAACUAAAUGAAAUUCAAAUUUGACAGGAUCAAUUUCCACUUGAGUACGUGAAAUCCCAGUUAAAAUGAAUAAACUCUUUAUAUUUAGUCGUUUGGAAAGUGACUUGUUAGUGAUAGGGAUGGCUUGUAGAAUGUAGGCUAGACCGAUGGUAAUGGCCUUUCCCUCCGUCACUGGUUAUUGAAGAAAACGCUAAACUCCACAGUUUAGCUCAACUUAUUUGUCUUUGGCUGAGAUGGAUGAAAAUUUUUAAAUCGACUUUAUCAAGAUAUCGAUAUAAUUUCCUUCUUCAGAUUGCCCAGAAGGUAAAUACAACGAAGGGAAUGGCUUUAACUGCACAGGUACGGAUGCAAAUAUAGCUUUGUAAUUUGAAUGGCGUCUGUUCGAUUAUAGUUAAUUGGUUAAGUGGUCCCAAGCUGUAUCCAACUCUUCAUAUUUAUUUUCAGUUGUUAGUGCAUCACUUUACCGUGGAUAUCUCGAAAUUUUGGUUCACUUGCGAUUAAUUUUUUCAUCUUCGUGUGACAUUUAUCCGUAAAUUAUAUCUUACACAUUUGUCAUUUCUACUGUAUGAGCAUCUGUUGAACAAAUCUGACGCAAUCUCCUGUUGUAGCCAUAAAGCAAACCAAUAACACCAAAUUCGUAAGAAUGUUUCCUUAAUCAUUCUCUGGCAGACAAGCAUGAAAAUUUUAAACAUUUAGGUGAUGGCCUAUUUUUUUCGGGUGGUCACUUAGUUUACAGGGUUGAUUUUCCUAAAAAAUAAUGGAGAAAAUAUACUGUUAAAUAUAAUUCAUAAAAGAUGAUUCCUGAAUAAAUAUUCUUGUUUUCCCCUCACAACAUAUCCAAAUUCAGUUAUACCAUCAGCCCCGAAAAAUGUCCAAGUAAUCUACGUUAACCGAAGUGCGUUGGAGUUAAAAUGGCAGCCUCCUGCAGUAACCGGUGACCAGACCCACGUGUUUUACGACGUCGACUGCCUUAAGCCGUGUGAGGGUGAAGAAGAAAACAAGUGCGUUAAUAAAGCUUGCGGGAGUGACGUCAUUUUCAUACCAAGAAAGGAUAGCUUCAAUGUCAGUCACGUUAUUGUUGGAAACCUUACUUCAUAUGUAAACUACACCAUGAAAAUCUACGCUAAGAACCGAGUGAGCGAAGUAGCGAGAAGGAAACAUUGAAUUGAGGCAAGUCUCUCGGAAGUAACAGUGAGGACAAAAGGAUCAG